AUGGUAGUAUUCCAUGUUAAAAGAGGCGACGAUAAUCAGUUUCUGUACGAAACAGACGUAAAUAGAGACGUCGAUGAGGUGGUUAAGGAUAUAGUGGCGAUUUACAAUGGCAGAUUGAAGGUGACCAGAAUUUGCUAUGAGAUGGAAGAACUGGGCAAACAUGGGACUUUCUUGCCUGAAGAGAUGCAGGGAUUGAAUGAGGAUCAGAUUUUAGAACUAAAACUUAAAGAUCCGUGGGCAGAGCGUUGCGCCCCAGCGGGCUACGUGAUAUGCAAGGAUGACAUGGGCAGGCGAUGUGGCUUGGCACCUCCAACCAACAUGCAAGAGAUACUGAAGAAAGCCGCAGAAACUGCCACGGAGAUUAUUAGCAAGAAACGUGUGGACCUCCGCGAAUGCAUGACUCAAAAAGAUAUCUCACGAGCACUGGAUGAGCUUCGUGGAGCAACCAAGAUUGUCUUCCCAGCGGGUCUACCUCCCCACGACCCCGUUCGAAUGGAGUUGGACAACGUGGAAGAUCUCACUGGAACUCAAGCAUCCAAAGAAGUUAUAGAUCCUUCUAGAGCUUGUCUGUGGGCUUGUGGGAAGAAAUUUUUAAGUGGAAACAAGUUGAGUGAUCACUUGGGUAAAAACAACAAGUCGAAGGUGACAGUGAAACUGUGCAAUCAAGGUGAUGGCGCUCCAGGACGUGAGCCGGUAAUGACGGAAGAUGAGAGAAAGCAGCUGAUGUUGCAUGCUUAUAGAAAACAGGAGGAGUGGAAGAAAUUGGAACAGGAUGAUGAUGACAGCUAUCUGAACUCUAACUGGGCGGACAGCCAGUGCAUGAAGAGGCAGCUGAACGGUCUAUCUAAUAUUUCUUGGAAGCCAAAGUAAACGUUCCAUAUUAUCCUCCAGAAUAUGCCUCGGCUGAUUAUAGGUUUUACAAUAUAGUACUAUCAUGCACAAUCCUGAAACGUCGGUAUUCGACUUCUUGCAAACUUCAUCUUGUUCGAGCAAGUAGAGAUUCGUUCUACAGUGAAUCGAUUUUGCGUCAGCUCGUAGUCGUUACUAGAAAACUUCUUCGACGUCGGUUUUGCGAGCGACUUGGCCACUUUCGCUUCAAUUAACAAAUUUUAUGAGCAGCGAUGGAGAUUCUAGUAUAUCUAUAGUCCUUCCUUAUUCCAUGUUACUGUCUUCUAGAUUGAUUAAGUUACUCAGAAGUAUUUAAACUCACAGUCCGUGCUUGUGAUACUGUAAGCUGUAUAAUUGUUAAUAAGAGCAAGAUCAUCGUUAUGAUCCUUGGAGUUACGCUGUGACUAGUCUCUCCUGUUCUCC